AGCCAACAUGGUUCCGCCAUCCCUAUGUCUCUCCAUCUAUCUCUGUCUGUGUAUAUCACGCGAUGGCGGUCUGCGGCCAUAUGAUGACCACAACAUCGUUGUGUCGGCCGCCGCCUCGCACGGCCGCCAUGACGUUGCUGUUGUCUAGAUUGCUGUGCCCGGUCACUCUAUUGAGCUUGAAGCCCUCACUGCCGAGAGCGGUGGCAAUCGCAUGGAAAUUCAAGGCCGCCUACGACCAUCAGUCCAUCCAAACACACACAGACAGGCACAUCUGCGCGUGGGUGAGUUGUUAAUUCCCGUUUCCUGUCCUCACCGUGGCGUAUUGUCGUUUCUUGUUUUCGUCGUUUGUGAGAUAGUUCUCGUUCGCUUGGAUGGCCCGCUCGGUCUCGGCCAGUGCGGCAUCGAGCUUCUGGGCCUGCUGCGCCAGCAUCGCCUUGUCCGACUGGCGAAGCGAACCCUGAAUCAUGAACGACAAGAGACAAGCAGACACAAGAGAGAGGUGGAGACACGGAUUCACCCCUGUGCGCACCUGUCUGUCGUUGGCUACUACUCCUCUCAUGUUGUUCAUAUCCUUGUCUGUCAUGAAUAUGCGGUGGGUCUUGUGCGUGACGUCAGACACAUACGAGAGCUCAUACACAUGGCCGGCACGGGCGGCUCGGACCAG